UCCCACCCCAUUGCGCAGCCACAAGAACAUAACCCGCCACAACGAACACAUACUUCAUACCUUGUGGCAUAUGAGAUAAAGUUACUCCCACAAGUUAAUCAUCAAUGGCGUCCAACGCCAUGGUUCUCCUCUGCCCUCCCACCACUACUCGCCACCACAUGCCCCUCUUUUCUCUCCACAAAACCACCACUUCUCUCCGUCGUAUCCCUUAUUUCUCUUCUUAUUCUACUUCAACCAGAUCAUCAUCACGCCCAAUUUCCGCUUCAUCACGGGCAAUGGAAGCUCUAAUAUUCGAUUGCGACGGCGUUAUUCUCGAAUCCGAAGACUUACACCGCCAAGCUUACAAUCUGGCUUUCGCUCACUUCAAUGUCCGUUGCCCUCCCUUCUCUGAACCUCUCAUUUGGGAUAUUGAAUUCUACGACGUCCUUCAGAACCAAGUCGGUGGUGGUAAACCUAAAAUGCGCUGGUAUUUUAAGGAGAAUGGUUGGCCUUCUUCAACACUCUUUGACACGCCUCCUGAAAGUGACAUCGAUAGGGCAAAUUUAAUUGACACUCUUCAGGAUUGGAAGACUGAAACGUACAAGGAUAUAAUCAAAUCCGGAAGUGUUGAGCCCAGACCAGGUGUCCUAAGAUUAAUGGAUGAGGCCAGAGCUUCUGGUAAAAAGGUUGCUGUAUGUUCUGCUGCAACCAAAAGCUCAGUUAUUCUUUGUUUAGAGAAUCUUAUUGGAAUGGAACGAUUCCAAGGUCUUGAUUGCUUUCUUGCAGGUGAUGAUGUGAAGGAAAAGAAGCCUGACCCUUCUAUAUAUAUCACAGCCUCCAAGAAACUAGGUGUUUCUGAGAAAGCUUGCUUGGUGGUGGAGGACAGUGUCAUUGGUCUACAGGCAGCAACAAAAGCAGGAAUGUCUUGUGUGAUUACCUACACAUCUUCAACUGCAAACCAAGACUUUACAGAUGCAAUAGCAAAAUUCCCUGAUUUGAGUGACGUAAGAUUAAAAGACUUGGAGGAGUUGCUAGAAAAUGUGGUUGCUGCCUAGAAUUUUACAUUAUGAUACAAAAUACACAUUUCUAUUAAUAUUAUCGGGAAUUAUUUGUAAAGAAAAUGUAUCAAGAAUGUAGAUAUAUAUAAGUUUACAAACAAACCCUUUUUUUAAAUCUCCUCUGUGCUCUAAAAAAUGGGUAUACAUACAGUCUCAGCCUCACCAACCGGUCCCACAACCAACAUGGGAAAGGUAAACCACAAUGACAUCUGACUGAUGUCACCUGAGAUUUCCUUAUAGAUUCUCAUCUUCUUACUGUAAAAGACACUACUGUGUGCUUUGUGUAAUGGGAACAGUGAAGAAUGAUUUCAUGUUUUUGUAGAGUUCUUUUGGUUUCUCGGCAUUGAUUGCAUGUCCGGCGUUCUUCAAGAUUAUAAAAUCCGCGUUUUCUCCUAAAUGUCUGAAGAAAACAAGAAAUGAAAUCACAUGAGUUUUGGAAUCGUUAUGAAAACAAUUAAACUUGAAA